CGACGUUUUUGGUAUGUUUUUUGUCGCCGUCACCCCGUGCCGGGGCCGGGGCCGGGGCUGCCUGGGCACCGGUCGGUAGGCAGAUCGGGGUGACGGCCGUGACGUGACGCGCGCCGCCCCGCCACCUCAAGUCGGCGAUUGUAAAUUCUGAAAAAAAUGCUUGGCCUCCCACCCGAGCGGGCUCCGCUCGGACCUCGGAGCACCCACCACAUCACUGUACUUUUUUAUAUUUCUCCUCCACGAUUGCGUUGCGUCCCCGCCGCUGCUCCCUCCGCGCUCCGCUCUUCCUCCCGUCCUCCGCUGCACCCCUACCUUGCCUGCCUGCCUGCCCUCCAAGCGACGUUCCUUGUGUCCCCGACUCCCCGUCGCCUUCCUCGGGCUGGGUCCCGACUCCCGAGAUAUAGUUGCGGCGGGGUUUCCUUCUUCGAAAAAGUUCUGAACUAGAGGAGCCGCGCGGCGCGGGCGGGCAGAAAACCGGAGACCCUCGCCGGCGCAGGUGUUAAUUCUGUAAUCUUGUCAACUUCAGUUAAUGGUUAAUAUGAGGGACAUUGAGACAUCAAACGACGGACAAUUGGACGAGCCCUUAGGGCGAGUGUCCAUAAUCUCUUAUGGUUCUGGGCAUAUGCUCAAUGACAUCACAUCAAGUUGUUGGUUUACCUAUUUGCUGGUGUUCUUGACGGAUGUGGGACUCAGUCCAGGCGAUGCUGCUAUUGUCAUGCUUUCUGGACAAUUGGCGGAUGGCUUCACAACAAUCUUUGUUGGGGAAUUGAUGGAUCGCUUUGGGCAUUUCAAACUGUGGCAUGCAGGAGGAUCUAUUUUAGUGGCAAUUUCCUUCUCGUCUGUUUUUGGUAGCUGUGUUCCUUGCAAACUUAUGGGAACUAAUUCAUCUACUUUGGAGACUGUUGGAUACAGCACAUUUGCCACUAUUUUUAAUGUUGGUUGGGCAGUUACUCAAGUCGCUCAUAUGUCUAUGGUAAACUGCAUGUCAUCAAAUCCAACUAGCCGGGUUUCACUUGUAAGCUGUCGUAAUGCCUUCACGAUGGUUGCAAAUCUUAGCCUGUAUGGCAUUGCUUUGUUGAUAUUUACUAUAUUGCAGUCAGUGAACGUAAUGUUUCAGUAUCGUUGGAUUGCUUAUGUGUCCAUUUCCAUUGGAUCUUGCUUUGUUGUCAUCUUCUUGGUUGGAACCAAAGAGCCAGGAUCAAUUCGGCACUGUGUAGAUAAGAGUCUUUCCAGAAUUUCAUGGACCUACUGGUUCAAGAAAGUAUUGUACUACCAAGUUGCUCUAGUCUAUACUCUGACUAGACUGGUGACUAAUGUUUCACAGGCAUUUCUUGCUUUCUAUGUAAUCAAUGAUUUAGAAAUGAGUCAAUCCUCCAAAGCAUUGGUACCUGCUAUUAUCUACAUCUGCAGUUUGAUAGUAUCUGUAAUAUUACAGGAGACUAGAUGGUCAAGUUGGCGUCUUAAGCUUUACUUUUCAGCUGGAGCAGUGCUUUGGAUAUUGUCAGGUCUUGGAAUUGUUUUUCUACCGAGCAGAAUGCACAACCUCAUGUAUGCUAUUUCAAUCAUAAUAGGAGCUGCGAAUGCACUUAUGACAGUGACAAGUAUUAGCAUGGAAGGUGUUUUAGUAGGAGAAGAUCUAAAUGGUUGUGCUUUUGUGUAUGGCUCAUUAAGUUUUGUUGACAAAGUUUCAUGUGGAGUAGUUCUGUAUAUUCUUGAGUCCUAUCAAGGAAGUACAGAGAUCAGAUCAAAUUUAGGAACAGCAUUUGGCUAUUCAAUUACAAGACUUGGCUUGGGCUUAGUUCCAGCUGUCUGUUCGCUGCUUUCAUCAAUAGUGGCUUAUACCAUGGACCUCCCUGACCCUGAUACUCGGCGGAGACCUUUGGUGGAGCCCCUUCUAGUAUAACUUCACUGGUGACCUGUUACAGUUUCAUCCUGAACAUUUACAUUAAUUGCUCGAUAGAAUGACACUGCUGCUGGAGCCUGAAGAUACUACUGACAUUAUAGGCAAAGGAGCAAUCGGGUACCUCUGGUCAAUUCUCUUUGACUUCAUAUGUAUAGUCUGAAUAAAUUGUGGUGGAAAACAUGUACUCAGAAACGUUGAGUAGGGAUUAGAAUUUAUAAGUAGCAUAGGGGCAAGAAGAUUAGUAUUGAUCAUACUGCGCUUACGAGCCAUUCUGCAAUCCAAUGUAAAUAUAACUUAAGCUUCAUUGUUCAGUACAACGCAUUGCCUGUACGGUACU